AAGGUGUUCGCGUUACUUUCUAGCGCUCGCAAUCAUUGAAAUUACGUUGUAAAUUUGUUUAUGAGGAAGAUAACCGUGCUCGUGCACACUGCAUUUUCUUUACGCUUAUGGCAUCGUAAAUGCAUGAGCCUGAGGGGACUGAAAGUACAAUUCACCGCAGCACGCGAACACUGAGUGUCGUUGUUUUAUCAUCUCAUAUUUUUCCUUUAAAUCGCAUAUUCGCAAUGUACACCAACCAAGAAUUGUGACAGCCUUUUUAAAAACCUUACGUGAUAACGUAAGUAACUUACGUGAUAAUCUUUUUAUAAGAAUUUUUCACAUUUUUCAUCGGAACGAGAUGAAAGUCGAGUUACAAAUGAAAAAGUUUUAAUAAAAAUAGAAAUUCUUUGAAAGUUCAUGCUCAAACUUGGUACGUCAUCACAUUCCGAGAUUAUUUUGACUGUGGAACGAGGAAAGGUAAUUCAAUGAUGUUGUGUGACGUUUAUGAAUCACGCGUUGUACAUAACAUUCCAAGCUAGGCUGAACGGAAGUCGCCAAGAGGCUGUAACGUGUGAUCAAUUAUUAAUGAGUCUUGAGCUCGAUGCACAUUCUACGAUCUUUUACGUCGGCCACAUCGUGUCCGAAGUAUUUCGCCGCGUUAGCGCCACUAGGAAUACUGUAACCACUUCUAAAGGCACGAUAACGGUGUUCGAAGUUGUAGCUCGCGGUGGAUCGUACGAUGAUUUUUAUUACUUAACGAUGAGCGCGCAAAGAGACGAAGAGAAAUUCGUCGUCUUCAGGGUCUUUAACGAUUUACGAGCUUUCUGCAAACUAAUACACUCUCGAUCAACAACGAGCGACUACGUUGGCUGGCACGCUCAGGAACGCUUAAAUAUUCAGUCAUUGAAGCGAAACAGAUAGGACAAGUUCCUCGUUAAGAACGAAUCGAAAGAAAGUCGAGUUAAACGGAUAUAUUCAGGGUCGCAAUAGAGAAGCAUAACGUUGAUCAUCUGACGUGUGGGUGUUACGGCGUGAGACGAGAGGACGGAGAUCGCGAUCAAGGUUCAUCGAUCUAUCGCCAUGAGGUCGGCUUCUCGGUGCAUAGCUGCACCUUGAGUGCAUCCACCUGGUGAACGCCCACACCGCCCACUACAAAAGCGCGCAUAACGUGCGGAUCGUUUUCUUGUGAGCAAGACCGAGGCACCUUCUUUCCGAGCAUACAUCGACCUGUCGGCCAUAAUUCACGCUUUUCCGCCAUUACGUUCAAACAGAAAAGUGAGAGCCCUUUUCUGGAUGCAAUGGAAUACCGCCGGUCCAUUCGUCUCUGGAUAAGAUAUACGUUCGAGUUCUUCUUGUCCGAGAGAAAUAUUUUUAUUUCAUUUAAAAGAUUAUUUUCAUGUUUCUUUGCUUUGAUAGACAGACAAUUUUAUAAAUUAUUCAAUGUUUUUAAAAUAUUUCUUUGUUUCUUUCUUUUUUUGUCAUUUACGAGAUUAAAAUUAUUUUCUCUAAUUCCUGAUAUAGCUUAUAGUCUAAUUUUAAAAAUAUAACAAUCAAUUUUUUAUAUUUUUUAUCCAUAAGAAAUUGUAAAAGAAAUUAUAUGUAUGGAUUUAAUUUAUAUAAGAUUUAUUCGGCAA